AUGGGCUGCCAUGAGGCACUGGUCUUGGCCCUGCCGCUGGCAACCGGCAGGCUGAUUGUGGGACUUAUUCUGUCCUCACAGGCCAAGAGGUUCUCGGACUUCCUGCCGCUGAGCAUGGGCGUCCUGGUGGCUUCGGCUUGGAUUCUGGUUACGGUGAAGUUGGGUGAGGCGCUGCCCCGAAUCCUGGAGCAGGCCUCGGCGCUGAGGUGCUUGCACAUUGUCGCCUGCGGCCUCUCAGCUGGGGCCAUGCUGCUCACCGUGUCCCUCGCCCAACGCGACUUCAUAGCUCCGGUCCUUUCGCGCGUUCCAGAGACGUGGUUUGUGCACCUCGGGGACUGCGGCGAAACGCAAGCAAGCGUGCUGCUUGUCAUUGUGGUGUCGGUGCAGGACAGCUUGCAGCUACACUGCAGAAGUGGCUCCCGUGGAUUCUUCUUCAAGAAGUCUGAGGGGCCCCUCCUGGGAAUCCAGGGCUUGGACUCAGCAGAAGCCUUCCCGGUCUUGGCGGCUGAUGCCGUGAGUCAGAGCCGAAAGCAACUCGCUGGCUUGGAAUCCUGCCGCCCGUUGGAGGCAGUCUCCCUCCUGGACGAUGUUUCGAAUGGGCUCUGUCAGAUUGCGGAUGCUGCCGAGCUGAUACGCAAUGUCCAUCCAGACGAGGUUUACAGCACCCAUGCCUCCUCUGCGAUACAAGAGAUUGCAGGGUACAUGAGUGAGGUCAAUCUCGACACAUCGGUCUACAACUGCAUGAAAGAUGCGGAGAGUUCCGGGGAUGCCGAAUCCAUGCCGCUGGAAGCACACACCAUUCUGCAUCACAUGCGUGAGUCCAUGGAACACGAAGGUGUUCAUCUUGCCCAAGCUGAGAAGCAGUCGUGCCUCGAGAUGUUGGACGCAGAGCAGCAGCUCGCCUUUGACAUCGUUCAGCGGCAGGAGCACGUGCGUCAGCAGGUGUCUGCUGAGACGGAAGGGGCUUGGCUCCCGGCAUCGUCCCUGGACACACUGAACCUGCACCGGUGGAGACUUAAGCGCCGUGCUGCUCCUGGAGGUGAAGAGGUCCACAUUCCCCGUGACACCUUUCUCGCGGACAGGGUCUUGAAAGUGGUCGCGUGCGGCGAGGCACGGCGACGAAUGCACCAAGCGCAGCAGAAGCGCGAUGCUGUUGGAGAGGAGAUGAUGCUGCAGCUGCUCUCCGUGCGGCAGCAGCUCGCCAAAGUACGCGGCUAUGACACGUGGGCGCACUAUGCACAGCGGGAGGCGCUCUUUGAAGGACCGGACAAAGUGAGGCAGUUCCUGGAGGCGACCUGGGAAUGCCUGAAGCCCGGCUUCGUUGCCGAGAUGCAACUCUUGGCAGAGGAGAAGCGAGCGCUGAGUGGGGCCUCCACCGUAGAAACGUUGGAGCCUUGGGAUGUUCCGUUUCUUCUGCAAAGGUGUAAGGAAAAGCACACGGAGGCAGAUCAAGUCUCGGAGUACCUGACCUACGGCUCCCUGAUGAAAGGUGUGGAGUUGGUCCUCUCCCAGCUCUUAGGCUUAGGAUUCGUCCAAGAGGUUCCUGAACCCGGUGAAGUCUGGCACCCAUCGGUGCAAAAGUUUGCCCUACGCGACGGGGAGCGCACUGUUGGCAUCCUCUACCUGGAUCCUUUCCCGCGUAAGGGCAAGAAGGUUCAAUCUGCACAAUUCACCCUGCAAGGGUCAAAGAUAUUGGCGGAUGGGCGACUUCAAACGCCGAAGACGUGUCUGGUGUAUGCGCUGCCACCUGAAUCCCAAAGCCUGUCUACCAGCUUUGCGGUUACCUUCAUGCAUGAGAUUGGACAUGCCGUCCACUCCUUGCUCUCAGAGACUCAUUUCCAGCAUUUGUCCGGGACGCGGGGUACAAUCGAUUUUGUUGAGUUUCCAUCUCAUCUGUUCGAGCACUUUGUCCUGGAUCCGGACUGCCUCGCCAUGUAUGCCUCCCACGCAGGUACAGGCGCCGAGCUGCCCCAGAACCUGCGGGCAGCUCACCGCCUGCGGCCUUUUGGCCACUUCGAGGCCGUCCAGCAGCUGGUUUACGCUAUGGUGGACCAAGCCUUCUAUUCCUUCCACCCCUCUGAAGCAUCGGAUUUGCAGACACAUCUGCAGGGCAUGCUCGGGACCUUCGAGCAAGACUUGGAUGGGCCAUUCAAUGCCUCGCUCCUUGAGCUGCUGGGCCUCUCCACGGCAACAGCCCGCUUCGACCACCUGGUCCACUAUGGGGGCUCGUACUACUGCUACCUCUUCAAUCGGGCUCUGUCGGCGCACGUUUGGCGUCGAAGCUUUCGCCCGGAUCCAUUCAACCGCGAGACAGGGCAGCGCCUACACAGUUUACUGCGAGGAGGUUCGGUGGUUCAGACGCUGGAUGUCAUCCGGGAUCUGUGCCCUGGCGACCCAGCCUUUGCUGCGCACGAAGUGCCUCUGGAUGCGAUGAUGGCAGAGACACUGGGCGCCAUGUCGUUCCUUCUUGCCCUUGACCUCUUGACACCCGAGGUUGACACGACCAUCGUGCUGCCGCUGGGCCUGGGGACGUUGCUGUUGAGGCUAAUGCUGCCAUUGAAGGUGCAGUCGGUUUUCCAGGUUCCAAUCAUCUUCCUGCUCACCGACUGUUGGAGCCUAGGUUUAGUCCUGACCAAGGUGAUCUGGCGGUUGGUGCAAAGCGAUGUGAUUCUGCACAACCUGCAUCGGGAGACCGAGGUCGUGUGGGAGGAGGCUCAAGGCUCUCUGACCAACCUCUUCUUCAACCUGCGAGCACACUGGCGUCUUUGGCGGAUGUUGGUGUUCCCCAUGCUGGAGGCUGUGGUGUUUCACCUCGUGCUCCCGCGCACGGCUGCGCUGACACUGCUCCAGUUGAUGGAGCCUGGAAGUGAGUACUUGAAGGCUGCACUUCUCAUGUACUGCUACCACAUCGGCCUGACCGUGAGGAUAACGAGGAGCCUGUCGGAGAACCUCCAGCUUGUCUGGCACGAGCUGCUGAGCAAAGCGCGCAGAUGCUUGAGCACGUUGGACAGCUCAGCAAAUGAAAUUUCUUCCUGCAGCGGCACAGUCUUCACUGGAAGACUUGUGAGGCCUUUCUCUGAGAUGCCGCCGAAGAGGUCGAAGUCAGUGGAGCCACCCAAGCCGCCGAAGCGCUCGAAGUCGCAAGUCACAGCAAGCCUGUUCCAAAGUCUGCGGCGAAAGCUGCUCCGAAGGCGCCGCCGGCGCCAUCUCGCCCCAAAGAGAAGUUGGAUGGAAAGGCACGACCCGAGCCGAACAAGCGAGCUGCCGACGUUGAGGUGUCGCUCCGCGAGGCGUUGGUGCGAAGCGAGGCGCAGCUUGAACUGGCGUUGCAGAAGGCGGGUGACAUGGAACAGAAGGCUGUUCUUGAACAGAGAAAGGCGGAAGAGGCUGUCAUACGAGCUGCCUUUGCGGAGGGACAGGCGGAGGAACUUCGCCAGCGCGCGUCGCGCGUAG